AGUACUCUCCUGCUGCUGAACACAAGUCUCUCCGUGGUGAUGAGGUUAGGGCAGCAUGUGUCCUGAGCUGGUAGCUGACUUUACCUAAGCAGGAGCCCUGGGCGCCGGUGUGUAGACAGCGCAGUCAUGUCGGGAGCCUUAGCGAGGCUGCUCUUCUACCCCACUUUAGCUUACAAUGUGGUGAUGGAGAAAGUCUCGUCCAGGCGGUGGUUCAACCGGGUGGACCAGACUGUCAUCCUGGGAGCGCUGCCCUUCAGGUCCAUGACCAAACAGCUGGUGGACACAGAAAAUGUUCGAGGGGUUAUCACCAUGAAUGAGGAGUAUGAAACCAAAUACUUCUGCAACUCAGCAGAGGAGUGGCAGGCUGCUGGGGUGGAGCAGCUGAGGCUGAGCACCGUGGAUCUGACCGGGGUUCCCAGCCUGGAGAACCUCCACAGAGGGGUGGAGUUUGCCCUGCAGCACAGACAGGAGGGAACCAGCGUGUACGUGCACUGUAAGGCCGGACGCUCCCGCAGCGCCACGCUGGCUGCUGCUUACCUCAUACGGUUACACUGCUGGACUCCAGAGGAAGCCUGUCAGAUGCUGGCAUCCAUUCGACCGCACAUCCUGGUGCGCUCUGCUCAGAUGGAGAUGCUGAGGAAAUACCACCAUCAAGUCUGUGGAGGGCAGUCCAGCUGAGAGUCCACAGGGGCCGCCGGCCACCUGUUGCAUUUCAGCCAGGGCUGUGAAGACGAGCCUUAGAGCCUUGUUAAAGACACAGUGAAAUGAUGUAUGACAUUUUCACAUUUUUAGCCAAUUCUCAACAUCGCAAUGUACACUUAUUUAAGAAUAAAUCACCCAAAAGUGUGCAUUUUCUUAUAUUUUUUACUAACAAAAUCCUGAUGAGUAUUACCCAUUGAAAAGCAGUGGCUUUUUUAGUGGGUAUUUCAUGUAUCAGAAGACAAGCAUAAAAAAAUUCAAACCAAUAAUAUCAAAAAAUGUACACAUCCUGUCAGUUCUCCUAUUACCUGUAUAUUAAAACUUCAAUUUCACAACGGUCAGGGCAAUGUUUGGUGUUCCUGAGACACCAAGGUUGAGUCCUCGUGGCUGAAUUUAUGGACUUUUUGGAAGUUGUGACGUUCAGAUUCUACACAGAGCGUUCUCAGUCUUUUCAACUUUCCCUCUUCGCGUUAUGUCCUGCCGCAACAUCCUGUUUCAGCCAGGAAUGCAUCUGCUUAAAGCACUGAGAUAACAUGGGAAACCCCGAAGAUUUCCUGUGAUAGGAUUCCUCCCCAGAGGCUCAUCGCCUCUGGACAGUAGGAACACAUUUUAACGUGCGUUAUGGCUGUGAGGUCUUUACAGUACUCAAUAUGCUGGAGAAUGCUACACCUUAUUUACAUGUAACGUCUUUCAUGUGAUACCUCAUAAUUAUCAACAACUUUCAAUCAGUGCUUAAUAAAAUUGUCAUGAGAGA